AUGAAAUCUCCGAUGGGUUCAUUGCUUCAAUAUGCUUUCAUUACUAUAUCGGCUUUGAUAUUGAUACAGCUUGGAGUCACAGUGACAGCCACGAGUUCCUGUUCAACCUGCACACAAACAAGCCCAACGCUCACCAUUGAUACGACAAGCUCUGGAUCAGCUCCGUUUGAUAGCGAUGUUAUGGGAACGGAUGGAAAUGGACGUGUGACAAGAACGCUAACUUGUACAUCAACAGUUGCUGGGUAUGCUGCAUAUAUCUCGUGUAAUUCGGAUGUAAAUGGAGUAAUCGAAGGAACUCCAUCAGUUGUGGCAAAUCUUACAUGCACCGGCGCUGAAUGGGAUUUGACUUACAAUGGGGCAACUGCAGCAAUUUCGACAUUGGGAUGUUUUCCGAUAACUUGUGCUAUGUACCCAGAUCUCUCUUGUGGAUCGUGUCAAACACAAUUGGAAGAGAGGACUUGCACAUCGGCAACUCGUGGAUGUUCUUGCACUGGUUUACCAUAUCGCUGGAAGCGUUGCAACCCGGUUCUCUGUGUUUAUCCAACAUUGGUCUGUUGUAAUGAUGUCGAUGGAAUUGCGAGACAAGUCAACUAUUCAACGAAGCGAUAUGAAUGUCUUCCAACCCCAUCAAAUCUCUGGAAUGACACAACAACGUCACCCGAUCCAUGGUCAACAAAUAACUGCCCUACCUCCACCAGUACUACUACAACUACUACAGCGACAACUGAUACUACAACAACUACAACGACAACUACCACUAUGACCACAACAACCACUGCAACUGACACCACAACCACCACUACCACUACCACAACAACGACCACCGAUACAACUACUACAACAACGACAGCCACGACGACGAGUACCACAACUACAACUCCAUCUACGAAUACCACAACUACAACUCCAUCUACGAGUACCACAACUACAACUCCAUCCACGACAACAACUACUGUAACCUGUGGUAUUUGCCCUUCUACAGGAUACUGGUCAUCUUGGUACAAUCAAGACAGCUGUAUCCCGUCGUGGACAUGGAUUCAAGUGGCCACAAUUGGACAACCAAACUACAGUAGAACUCAGCAAAAUUUCACUUGUGGUAUGCACGGACGGCAAGUGCAAGUCAGAGAUUGCGUCUCGGCUCAACGUGGAUGUCCUUGCGUUGGUGAUAACGUUCGACAAGUGGCUUGUGGCGAUCCAACGGUUUGUUCAAUGCCCCAACUCCCUGGUAUCACUUGUGCCACUGGAUACAGCUUGUCUGGAUCAACUUGCAUUCAGACAACUACCACCACAGAUGCCCCAGUGAAUCCAGAUCCUUCUGAAAACAAUCCGGAUUGUGUGGUUUCCCCAAUUUGCCCAUGCCCAUCGGGUGGUGCGUGGAGCGAUUGGCAGUUGAUUUCAACUUCCCCGUGCCCAAUGAUUCCCAACUAUCAAUACAAUACAACAAGUGGACAAAAUUAUGCCGCAACAGCUUGCGGAUCGUGUCAAACACAAUUGGAAGAGAGGACUUGCACAUCGGCGACUCGUGGAUGUUCUUGCACUGGUUUACCAUAUCGCUGGAAGCGUUGCAACCCGGUUCUCUGUGUUUAUCCGACAUUGGUCUGUUGUAAUGAUGUCGAUGGAAUUGCGAGACAAGUCAACUAUUCAACGAAGCGAUAUGAAUGUCUUCCAACCCCAUCAAAUCUCUGGAAUGACACAACAACAUCAACCGAUCCAUGGCCAACAAAUAACUGCCCAACCUCCAGCACCACUUCUAUCACAACCGUUUUUGAA